CUGAUGCGUUUCGACGUGUGAUUACAAACCAAAACGUGCCAGAUACUAUCUAGCUCAAACUUUUCCGACUUUCUCAUCAGCUAUGGGUGACAAAGAGGCCGUUACACUGCGCAUAGGUGUGUUGGCUCUUCAGGGGGGGUUCUUUGAGCACGAAGCUUCUCUUAUGAAGGCGCUGAAAUAUCACCAAUUCGAAAAGUUGAUCGAGAUGGAAGUCGUCGAAGUUCGUGAUCCUGAGAAUGUGGCGGACCUUGAUGGUCUAAUUCUCCCGGGAGGGGAGAGCACGACUAUGGGUUUGUUUCUGCGCUCAAAUGGUCUGGAUGUCAGGAUUCGAGAAUGGAUCCAUUCGCCAGAGAGGAAAGCAAUCGCUUGGGGGACUUGCGCAGGGCUAAUCUUGAUGUCGAAUAGCCUUGAAGGGCAGAAAGGAGGCGGACAAGACAAGCUUGGAGGAAUUGAUGUUACAACCUCUAGGAAUUUCUUUGGAAGACAACUAAACAGUUUCGAGGCUCCAUUAAAUCUUAAGAGUGAGGAACUCAUUACUGCCUUCAGAAGCAGAACAAAAGGUCUACCUGUUGACCAGGCUGGUUGCCAUGGUGUUUUUAUCAGAGCUCCUGCUGUAAUGACCAUCAAUAGUCCAGAUGUGGCUGUUUUAGCUACAGUAGACUUACCCACUAGUGAUAAACCAGUUAUUGUAGCAGUGUCUCAAAACAAUAUGAUGGCCACUGCAUUUCAUCCAGAGCUGACUGAAGACCCAGGUUGGCAUGCUUACUUUCUACAGAAGGUCUUAAAUGCUAAAAGUAGUUCUUAAUAAUUUUACUAAGAUACUGUAUGCUUGUAAUCUUUUUAUUGCUAUUAAUGAAUUCCUGGUAAUAUUUACAAAACUCAAAUAUGUAAAUAACGUCAAAAUAAACUGUACAAUGUCUGUAA